AUGCACUGGUUGGUUUCAGCUACUCAGACAUCCUCCAGUGUCUCUUCGUCAUCCUUUGUAUCUGCGGUUGAUGUUUCUUCUUCUCUGACAAUGUCAGAAAAUUUCCAAAAUCUACCUUUACUUGGAACAACAAAUUCUCUGCAGCUCCCUCUUCCCAUGGUGAGCAAUGCAGCUUCCCUAACAGGAAGUGUGUGCAACUUCUCAAGAGUGUCUACUCCAGCCGUCAGCUCGGCGUGGCUCCUACCAUCAGCCUCAUGCGCCUCUUUCCAACCACUCAUGGGUAGUGCCUAUCUUUACCAACAUUCUAGCACAACUAUGUUGUCUGGAGUUUCUGGUCAGAGCCAGAUCUCCACCUCAACUGCUUCAUAUCCAAGUGUGUUUGAGUGGGAUAUCACAGGAAGCACUGAAAAGUGUUCAUCUUCACUGGGGGACUUCACUGUGACUGUCAUUGAUCAGGACACUUCUGUUUCCUCCAUGUCAAUGGCAGCCCAGUAUGAUAAAACUUCAGAUACCAGUAACAUAGUCCCUCUGUAUCCAUCACUUUCUGCAAGCCUUGUUCAGGGAACACCAUCACAGAUUCCAAAUCAGGGACAUGGCCUGUCCCUCCCUUAUCAGGAGGGAAGCCAGGUAUAUUACUAUAAUCAAGGCACUCUGGGGCCUCUACUACCUGGAGAACUUGGCCCCUGCCUACAAUCCUAUGGCUCAGUGUCAUACACAGGAAGUAGAGGUUCAGUCCCUCAACCGGAAAUGGUGAUGGUCCUAAAGGAGGUUCAGCCCACAAAUAUUCUGCCACCAGCCUCCACUUCUGGAAUCUACUACUCUGUGUCUGCUCAACCCAUCACAGAAACAAGUUUUCAAGUGAUGGAGACUUCCAUGGGGAUGGAGACUUCACUGGGAUUGCAAUCUUCAAGUCAGACAUUUUGUCUGUCACAAGCCUCAGAAUUCCCCAAGUCCUGCAGUAGCAGGAUCCAGAUCCUUGAGAGUAAUCCACCAUCUAAUCUGGGGGACAUUUCAGUGACAGCUCCAGUUCAGAGUUCUGGUAAUCUCUUGGCACUGCCUCCAGCUCCAAGCCAGGAACAAACAGAGAGUAAGAAUUUGGAUGAGAUUAAAACCAAGCUUUCAAAGCCUCUGGAUGACUAUCAGAUCACAAUAGAAAACCAAGAUCCUCCACUGCUACCUUUAGAAAUCCCUGAUAUUCACCAGCUCUUGGCCUGCAUUGAUCCCCUCGGCCCAGAGAAGCAGCCUACUUCUGAAAACACUGAUCUGGGAGAGAAUAGCCUGAGUCUUGAGGACCAAGAGACACUUGAAAGUGAGAUGGAAUCUAACAAUAGUUUUGCGGACAUUGCUACACUGGUGGAAGAUAUUCACCUUCCUCAGCUCUUCACUGUCUUGCAAGAUCUUGAUCAACCCAAAGAUUCCAGUGUGAUUGAAGUCAAAGAUAUUGGAGUCAUAGAUUUGAACCAGCUGCAAGAAAAGUCAAGUGUCAUAAAAGGGUCCUCUGAUAAUGCCAAGAGGAACAAACACAAGGCCUCAGAGCCUAUCAGUGGUGCUCCCAAGGCCAAGAUGCAGGCAAAGAAACGAGAGUGCCUGUUAGGGGGAGAAGUGGUUGUUUGCAGUGCUGCAGUGAAUAAUAGCAGGGCUUCUGUUAACACGGCCAAGCACUCUAACAGCAAACCUCAGAAAGCUGCAUCCAGCAGGAUCAGCAAAGCUAAGAGCCAUGGGCAGGAAAAGACCAAAAGGACCAAAGAAAAUAACUCCAAGAAAGCUGAAGAAAAUAAGCAGGCAGGGAACAAGAUCAAGGCGGAAGAAGAGAAGCCAAACAUUCCCAAGAUGAAGCGUAAGAAAAAUCAACCUGAGCUCAGCCAAGAGGCCUUUAAAAAGCCUCGAAGCUGCUUAGGCAUGCACAUGCUGGAAUCUGUACAGGUCUUUCAUGCACUAGGGAAGAAGAGUGAUAAGAAAACUGGACUCUCUUCCUCUAGGGCCCUGGGAAACUCAAGAAACUCCAAAGGCCCCCAGCCAUCCCCAGUGAUCAAACCAUGGCUAGAUACCCCACGAGAAGGAAAAGGUCCUGAGAAAACUCAUGGCAAAGCCUCAAAACCAGACAGCAGUGCUGAAAAAGAGCAGCUAUCUCCAUCCCAGUAUGAGUUACCACCUCCUGGGAAGGUCAAAUUGGUACCAUUACCUUUUCCAACUGUGGACAAGCCUCAAGCUCGACCUGUAUCUCGGAGGCCACAGUCUCUGGCCUCACAUCGGCCUGCUGUGGCUUACCCCGCAAGACCUGGUUCCACUAACUCAGUUCAAUCUACUGCAGUCAAUGCACCCCGCCCAACGCCUGCUUCCGUGACUGGUCCUGCCAGACCAGCUCGGCCAACUUCGAAUAACCCAAUCCGACCAGGUUUGAACAACCCCACCCGUCCGAGUGUCCCUCAGUCUGCUGCUCCUAGGCCUGCACCCUACAAAACAUUAUCUUGCACUUCUCUCCAGCGGGAGCCUGCUCCCACUGCUGUCACCAAACUCCAGUCUCCGCCUAAGUCUCAAACUCAAUUUCUACUCCAAGACUUCUGCUUCCAACCAAUUCCAUGGAGAAAACCCAAUGUUCCUGAGCCGGUAAUGUCGAAGCCCAUCACAAAAGAGCAGCGACCAGAGCGGGAGGCCAUGAAGAGGCAGGCUCAGCAGGAACGUGAGAAUGCUGCCAAAUACACCUCUUUGGGGAAACUGCAGUUUUUCAUUGAGAGGGAAAAAGAUAUGGACAUUUCUCGAUACUAUGGCUAUGCAAUGUAA